GACGGUCCUGUACGGGGAAAUACCGGCGGCCAGCUCCGGUUUCACACACACACCCCACCGCGGAUUCCCGGAGGUAAUCAACCCAGCCAUUGCCAUUUUGGAUCGGGCUGGACGCGGUGGACUACAGCCGUAUUACCCACGGUCAAGUGCAAGUUGAAUGAGCUUCGGGCACCUUUCCUGACCGGAGACGCAACCCGAGAGCCAUGGAUGUCCUCCGCAGAAUCCUGAAUAUUUUCCUGCUAAUCCUACCGACUGUACACGAGUUACACCCAACAAUAUUCGUCCACACCCAGUCUUCCUCCACACACCAACCGCCAAGGCAGACAGGAGACCCUUUCAUGGAAAUACCAAGGUUUGUGGUAGGUGAGUGGAGCACCUGUAGCACCACCUGUGGGCCAGGUGUGCAGCGGAGACCAGUCAGGUGUAAGCUGUUCCUCCCCCUGUUCAAAACAAUGGUGGGAGAUGACCUGCCAUUCUCCAGAUGUCCAGCAAUAGUCCCUCCGAAUGAACAGCGGUGUAACCUGGCCCCCUGCCAUGCAGACAUCAACGUCAUCUCUCCCCUGUUUUCCACUGACAUCGCCCCCUCAGCCGCUGUACAGUUCACCUGGAGAUACGAGGGUUAUACGCCCUGCUCCGCGUCAUGUAUCGGAGGUACCCAACAUUCCCUGUAUGUGUGUGUACGGAGGGACAACAAUGAGAAAGUGGGGGUUUGGAAGUGUGCAGAUAUUCCCAAACCUGAGCUCCUGACCCGAGACUGUAAUGUGCUGAUCCCCUGUGGUGCCAGGUGGGAGGUGGAGACCAUAUCGGGCUGCUCUGCUACCUGCGGGGGAGGGGUGGAAAGACAAAAGGUCACCUGUGUUAGGUCUCAGCUGGCCCACCACCAGGCAGCAGUCAGGGUUCGAGAGGAAGAGUGCAAGGAGCCCAGACCCCCAACAGAGAUCAGCUGUAAUGAUAUUCCGUGUUCUCCUGAAUGGAACGUAGGACCAUGGGGCGAGUGCUCUGCACCUUGUGGUCGUGGCAUAGAAAAGAGAGAGGUCCACUGUAGGGAAAAACAGGGCCUUGGGUACUACCUGGACGUGGAGGAUUGGCGCUGUCACAUUUACAGCAAGCCCCCCCAGGACCGACCCUGUAAUGUCAGGGAAUGCUCGCUAACGGCAGUUUACAAUAGCUUCUUCAAGUGGGAGGUGGAGACCAUAUCGGGCUGCUCUGCUACCUGCGGGGGAGGGGUGGAAAGACAAAAGGUCACCUGUGUUAGGUCUCAGCUGGCCCACCACCAGGCAGCAGUCAGGGUUCGAGAGGAAGAGUGCAAGGAGCCCAGACCCCCAACAGAGAUCAGCUGUAAUGAUAUUCCGUGUUCUCCUGAAUGGAACGUAGGACCAUGGGGCGAGUGCUCUGCACCUUGUGGUCGUGGCAUAGAAAAGAGAGAGGUCCACUGUAGGGAAAAACAGGGCCUUGGGUGGCAGCAGAAUGGCUAUGAUGUGGUACCUGGAGGCAGGCUGCAGAUUGACGACCAGAUGAGGCUGAGAAUCGAUGGCAUCCGAGACUCGGACCAGGCGACCUACACCUGCGUGGCUGGGCCUGUCAACGACAGCUUCACCCUGUAUCUGAAAGAGCCAUCCUCAGCCCAGAGAGAGCAGCUCCCUAAGAUCUACCCCCGCCGAGCCAACUUUACCCAGAAGUCCUACAGCACCAUGGUGCGGGUGUGGGUUGGCGCCGACGCCUUCCUCUACCCAAACACACGGGUCGUCAUCAAGUGUCCUGUCAAGAACUUCCAGAGGUCACAGAUAAGGUGGCAGCAGAAUGGCUAUGAUGUGGUACCUGGAGGCAGGCUGCAGAUUGACGACCAGAUGAGGCUGAGAAUCGAUGGCAUCCGAGACUCGGACCAGGCGACCUACACCUGCGUGGCUGGGCCUGUCAACGACAGCUUCACCCUGUAUCUGAAAGAGCCAUCCUCAGCCCAGAGAGAGCAGCUCCCUAAGAUCUACCCCCGCCGAGCCAACUUUACCCAGAAGUCCUACAGCACCAUGGUGCGGGUGUGGGUUGGCGCCGAUGCCUUCCUCUACCCAAACACACGGGUCGUCAUCAAGUGUCCUGUCAAGAACUUCCAGAGGUCACAGAUAAGAUGGCAGCAUGAAGGAGAGGAGGUCACCAAACUCAACAGGGGAGUGAAGAAAAUGAAGAGCGGGGCCCUGUCCAUUAUGAAGAUGUCGACUCUACAGACAGGCACCUUCACUUGCAUGGCAGGGGCAGCCAGAGAAUCUGUCAGACUUCACCUUAUAGGUGGUAUAUCCAGUGAAACUAGCACACCUUUCAGCCCCACCAUCAGCCCACAGCCAAGGCCUGAUGAGCUCAAGGCUCCUGAAGUUCCCAGGCUAGCAGCCACAGUCCCGGAAAGACAGCAGACUGGACUCGGACAGCCACCUGUCAUCUACAGGGAGCGCAUUCCUCCUAUGCUAAAGACUGAAGGCCAUGUGGUGGUGUAUGUUGGCAGCCCGGUGAUUGCAGCGAGUGUGGAGUCCAUCACCAUCCUGUGUGAGGUGCCGGGAGCCAAGCCCAGAAUCACAUGGACCAAAGAUGGGGCAGGCAUGCCAAAUGAGCCACGGUACCAGCUGUGGAGAAAUGGUUCCCUGACAAUCAACAAACCCAGACACUCAGAUGCUGGUUCUUACACUUGUACAGCAACUAAUGCAGCUGGCAGAGACUCAGAUACUUCACUAGUUAGUAUUGCAGAGGCCCCAGAUAUUCUGUUCAGGAAUAGGGAAGAGAUGAACCUUGAGGAUGACCUUGUGUCUGUCACUGUGGGAGGAAAGGUCAAGGUCAAACCAGGAGCCACUGUCACAAUCCACUGCCCAGUCCGGGGCUUUCCCAAGCCCUUCAUUAACUGGGACAAACUGAAUGGUACCCUGGAGAGAAAUGCCAAUGUCCACCCCAACGGCUCGCUGACCAUCACAAAUGCCUCGGAAGGUGACCAGGGAGCGUACCGGUGCGAGGCUGGCAACCCUGGAGGAAAGGACAUGAGAGAUUCAACUCUGAUCCUUUUAGAGCACCCUCACUUGGUGGAGGACCUGCGGCUGCUUCCUCGUCUGGACGCGCUGGUCAGUGCUAACGGCGGGGUCGUCGUCCUCACGGGGAAAAAGGAGAAGGACACCAUCGCCAGGAUGACUGGGGAGCAGCUGGCCAUAGCCUGUCCCAUCAAGGGGUUCCCUGAGCCCCCGAUCACCUGGUUGCACAACAACCGAGUCCUGCAGCAGGGGGACCCUCGGAUCCUGCUGGUGGAGGAGGACCAUGUGGUCAGGAUAACUGCCAUCAAGAAGGAGGACAGUGGCCUGUGGAAGUGUCAGGGCAAGAACGAAGCUGGGACAGCCAGCGCAAACCUCACUCUCUCUAUCUCUGGGUACAGCUGGGUCCCCAGGGAGACCUCUGAGUGUUCAGCAACGUGCGGUAACACGGGCAGGUACUACCGCAUCCUCCGCUGCUUCAACGAUGAGGUGCAGGUACCGGACGCCUACUGUGACAACAUCCCCAAACCUGAGGUCAUCUAUGAGCCCUGUAAUGUUGACGACUGUCCUCCAAGAUGGGCCUCGUCUGGUUGGACGGCCUGUUCUGUGACCUGUGGGUCAGGGGUCGAGAGGAGGGGGGUCAGGUGUGAGAGGGUCAUCUACGACGGUCGUCUGGAGCAGCUGGAUGAGUACUACUGCGAGGUUCUGGAUGAAGCCCGACCCGUGGACUCCCGGGCGUGCAACAUGGGCUACUGUAAUGAUGAGCCACCACGGUGGAACACUAGUGCCUGGUCUGCUUGUGAUGAGCAAUGUCUAAGACCGAACGUUGCCUACCAAGAACGAGAAGUCCUCUGUGUGGCCUCUAACGGGACGGUACUUGACUUCUCAGAGUGUAACCGUGCCACUCUGCCAGAGAGAAGACAGGAGUGUUACGCACCACGCUGCAAAGCCGUCUGGACUGCCUCGGACUGGGGGGAGUGUUCAGUAACGUGUGGACAGCAUGGUCAGCAGACCCGAACCCUGUCCUGUGUGUACCUUGGUACAGAUGUGGAAGCGGAGAAUGCCUGCGAUGACAUGAAACAGCCACCCAUGUUACAGAGGUGUAACCUCAUUCCUUGUGAUGCUGAUGAAUGCACGGACUCGUCAAACUACUGUUCGCUGGUGCUGAAGUUGCGUCUGUGUUCGGUGGCGAGGUACCAGCAGGACUGCUGCGAGAGCUGCACAGGACCACGGGAAGUGCAGGUAGAGGAGGAGGAGGAGGAGGAGGAGGAAGAGUAAUAGUUCAGCACAUCUCUCGUCUUAAGGCCCGGUCACAUUUGUUGUAGGUCUUCAUACAAUUCUGAUGUCAUAGGAUUUCCUGCCAAGCUCACUGUGUAGUAUCCAACCACCGACAAGGAUCUACAUUGUAAGGCAGCCUUCUCUCUCUCAGUAACAGACAGACGAAUUUUGUACAACACAUGGAUUAUCCCAAGAAUGCCCUCAUUUUGCAGUUGUACAACAUAUACGUGUAUGUGACCGAGCCCUUAGAAAAUUGUUUGUUCUGUUACUUUUUAGGUUCACUCACCCUUCAAGUAUGAUUUUAGAGACAUUUAAUACAACAAUUUUAUGCAGUUUUGCAUCCUUAACUUUUAAGCAGGUCAGUUUUACACACUGUUAGAUGAGAUUAAGAAUAAUUGCAGCUGUCAGCCACUAUACCAAGAACUUGUGAAUAAUGUAUUGUAUUAUAAUGUGGCUCCAUACUACAUGUAGUGAUUUUUGGUGCUGAUCAGUUUUUACUUGUCAUACUUAUACGAAUACACAAUCAUCCUAUUUAUUAACCUUUUGUGAUUCUAUCAGACUUUUCUAGAACCAAAACAAUGUGAAAAAAGUUUCCCUGGGAAGUUCAGUUGACGAUUUAUUGUCCAGGCUUUUACUCUUACUAAUGGAUUUUUUAUUUUGAGAAUAGUCCUCAAUACUAAAGAAUUAAGUAAAUACCAUGAUAUAUUUAUUUUGUAUUUGGGGAAAAAUUAAGUUAAACAUAGAUAGUACAUGAAGGAUGAUAUACAUGUAUAUGGAUGCAAUAUGAACUUCAAGGUAAUAUCAGAGUCCUAGCUGUCCAAACACUAACAGGUUUAUAUAGUCUGGUCGCAGUCAAAUGCAGUUUUAGUUCUAGAUCUUCAACUACUAAUUUUUAACGACCAUAUACACAGUGAACUAGACACAAGUAAUACAUAUGUUUUAGGUGGAAAUGAACAAUGGAAUUAAAUGGAACACAGAGCUACUGAGCAUACUGAUGGAAUGUUCCUGUUGAGAGUUGACCUCCCAAGCUUAUAGGCAUCUUUCUGUGGUAUCAAGUUGAAAUAAAGUUGCCUUUAAUAUACGA